AUCGUGUCUUCAUCAGGAUGGCCGUCGACAUCACCCAGCUGGUGCUCCAGACAAUACGGGAGCGAUCGAGGACGCAGUCGGCCCUGGAAAAUGGUGCAGGGCCUCUCGAGCAUGGCCUCAUAUUCAGAAAACCGCUGGCUGCUCGAACCGAUUUCAUGAAAGAGGCCUACAAGCUGUCUCGACACAUCGUCACUCUGCAGAGCUUCUUGGCCAAGAUUCAACGGACCUAUCUGGACAUCCACCGCCACCUCCCCCGGGCAAGUGACGGCCUCGCACCAUGUGAAAACGAUCCUCUGUUCAACAGCGGCGACUCUGGAUUGUUUCUGCAAACAAUGCUUGGCCUGGAGUCGCUGACAGACCGACAGCGCGACGAGAUUGAUGCGUACUGCAAAGUGUUUAUCCAAAGCACAAUCAAGUCGAUCGACCUGCUGAAGAGUGCUGCGGAGCAGUUGUCCAAAGGCCCGUCAAGCUUGUCAGUCGCCAAGAGCACAUCGUUAUUUGGAUCGCUUCUGUCCACCGAGGAAGAGAAAGCCGAUGAAUUGCGGCACCUCAACGAACACCGACAGGCCGUCAUCUGGAGCUUGCAGAAGCGACUCCAGCGAGCGUCGCAGCUGCAAAUGGAGAUGCAGGAGGCUCGUCUGAAGAGAAAGUUGAAUUCGUCGGCAAGCUAUGCCUCUCCUUUGCCCACUCCGACACAGACGUCUCAAGGCAAUACCGCCUCUGAGCCGACCAAGACCUCGUCCUAUGGAAUCUCAAAGCUCGGUCAGACGCUCGAGGCGGCACUCGGAUCCUUCAAGCCCCGGGAUGAGACCCCGGUCAAGGGUUAUCAAAAUACCCCGGACAUUCCAAGUUUUAUCGAGAGUGAUGCAAAUAUCGAUGAUGACGAAGACUUUGAAAGCACCCUCUCCGAUGAUCAGCGUCUCAUGUUCGAAAGGGAGAACGAAGCGCUGCUCAGUCAGCUCGAGAACGAGACCGACCAAGUCAGGACGGCAACCCGAACCAUCCAGGAGAUUGCCAGUCUCACCAACCAGCUGGGCCACCACCUGCAGGAGCAGCAGGAAAUGAUCGAGGGCAUCUACGAAGAGGCCCAGGUUGCCACCAGCUACAUCCAGCGUGGUAACGAGCACCUCGAAAAGGCACAGCGGCAUUUUGGCGAUGCCCGCAUUUGGGUGCUGGUGUUCUUGCUUGUCGCCAGCGGCGUGCUGCUGUUUUUGGACUGGUACGAUAGCUGAGGCACUCACAAAGCACGAUAAGACCAUGCUCAGUCGACUGGAGACAUCUUGCUGGAUCUUGAAUACACGAACCCCUGUUCUCUGCGC